CUUAUUUACAAACUCCCGAAGAUUUUGUUGCAAGUGAAAAACGUCGUAAAAAACAAUUACGUUCAGAUUUUCAUAAACAAUUAAAUUCUAUCAAAACAAUCAGAAGAGUAACAAUACAUGACAGCCCAUUUCAAAGUCACCCAUUACAAUCCGAUGCAUCAGACACCGAAGAAACCCAAGAAACAACACUCCAGCCAUUAACGCAGGACCCGCCGAAGGAAUCGCUGCUCGAGCCAUUAUCCAAUUUCCGGUACGACCCAGUACCACCGCCAUAUGGUAAUUUUCAGUGCCUUCCCGACGAACGACUACAGGAUCCAAUUUCCAGUGUUAUUUCGCAGAGACCUAACUUUUUCUUAAAUACCCCAUCACCUAGUGUUAAUAGUGCUAAUUUUCCAUCGCAAAGUGCUAAUAGUGACAAUAUUAACUUACGUAGGCAGACGCCUUCCGCACCUGGCCACCCUCCAGCAGACGGGGAACGACCGGCGAGAAACUCCCAUACCGCACAGACUUCAGACCCAAGAGGCAAGAUGUUGGUCACACGAUUCAUUAUACUUUUCCUGUCACUUGUGGGAGCACACAGCGAACAAUUGCUGAUGAACCAUGGCGUUAAGUUCUCAGAUCCAAAAACAAUAAACUUCGUGAAUAAUGAAUGGACGCAUACUUUUCGAUUUGAUAUGCCGGACUAUCAAUUCAAUAGUGACAUCGGUAGAAAUUAUUCAUUGUGUAGAGACACUUAUUUCUACGAAAAAGGAUGUACCAUUAGCGUCGAAUUCAACACUCUAAGGAUUUUAAUGGAACAUGAUAUACAAUCUUUGUUACACAAAUUUCGUAGCAUGAUUCCUACAAUCUCAGAUAAACGGAAGACACGUGAGUCACAACCCUUACUUCCCUUUAUAGGACAAUUAGGUUCAACUCUUUUUGGCAUUGCAACAACGUCACAACUUAAUCGAUUACGCGAUCAUGCAAAUAAAUUGGCACAAAGAGUUAAUCUCUUAACAAACACAUUUACGCACGAAUUCGGCGAAAUGGCAUCAUUUGCAACUAAUGUUCACGAGCAUAUGAAAUUAUUCGAUGAAUUCGUUGCGAAUGCUUCAGCAGUCAGGCAUAAAAUUGUGGACGAAAUGGAAUCUAUGUCAAAUAAACAUACAACUGCUGAAAAAUUAAUACUAGAUGUAAAUGAUAAAAUGAUCAAAAUAAGGUCACAGUUUGAUAGGCUAGCCAUAGGAAUUGAAUCACUGGGCAAUCGUAAAUUGUCGAUUCAUAUAAUAAACCCCGAACUAAUGUCCCAAACGUUAACAGAAAUAGCUUCGUCGUUAAAAAUCAACUAUCCGACUCAUAAAUUGGUCAGCACUGAAUUGGCAUUCUACUACAAUCAUGCUGAAUUUAUUUAUGGACGCAACAAUAACUCAAUAUACAUAAUGGUAUUGUUUCCACUGACAAACAGUUUGGAUAACGAAAUUUAUGAAUUAAAUUUCUUUCCAAUUCCUCUUGACAAUGAUAUAAAAAACAAAGAUGCUAAUGAAUUCACAUCAAAACCUAGGUAUUUAAUUUAUAAUGGGAAAAACCUAUUAUUCACUUUUCUUGAUGAAUCAUUCUUGAGAGACUGUUUGACAGCAGGUUCAACAAUUUUAUGUAAACAUAAUAUUAUAUUUGAAAUCGAUUUCAAUACGAAUUGUUUCGUAGAACUCUUGAAACACGGGGACAAUGCAAAAACGAAAGAUAUAUGUGAAUAUAAGAUAGUAAGAAACGUCUUGAAACCAGAGCUGAGAAUUUUAAAUAGUUCUAAGGUACUUGCAUACAUGCAAUCAAAUUUAAAAUUGGAAUGUGUAAAUCGUUCUAAAACAAUAGAUGAUUGUAAGUACUGCAUUAUCGAUGUACCAUGUGCAUGUAAACUAGUCUCAAAAAGUCAACGUAUUGAUGAGCAAUUCACAAAAUGUUUGACAAACGAUACUACUGUCGACCAAAUAUAUCCAAUUAACUUACCGUUACUCCAACAAUUUUUUAAUAAUACGGUUUUGGAUAAAUUGAUGAAAAACAUUUCGUACAAUGAUCCAAUCAAUGUAUUAUUACCGGUAUUUAAAACCUUCGAUCAAAACACACAGGAUAUAUUAACUCGGUCGCACAAAUUAGAAAUUGACAUGCAAACCUUUGUGAAAAGAGCAAAGAAAAACCAAAUUGUGUACCAUAGCCUAACAGAAGCAAUGCUUAACGGUGAAAUCUCAAUUGAAUCAGGUUUAUCCACUUUUGAUAUAAUUUUAAUCAUAGGCGCACACGACAAUACAUCAUUCAUAUAA